AUGUUCGCAAAUGCCCUUGAUGAGAACCUCUGCCUCUUCUCUGACCUCCUCGAUGGAAACCGAAUAGAACAGUGCUUCCAACAGACGGAUAAGCAACUGUUCUUGUCUAUCGAAUCUGGCCUGGUCUUUCAAGUUACCUGGACCCAGUUUCACCUCCUCGUCAACCUCCUUGGACUUCUCCUCGUCUGUGACGUAGUUGAUGACCUGUUGGAUCUUCUCGUCAAGGUUAUCUGGGAUCUCCUGUCUAUCGAUGAAAAGUUUCAAAACCGAAGUCAAAUACUUGAAAGCACUCACACGGUAAUGGAGCUUGUAUCUAAUAUUCACGAUCGUGUUGAGAGCAGUGGAUAUUCCGGGCGUGAUGGAAACCGGUGUCUCUUUAGGAAGUCCCUCGAUCUUGAACAGGGCCUCGAUUUCCUGGUUGGUUGGAGUGCUUCCUUGCAAAUCGUGGUGCAAGCUAAUGAAGUUGUGAUUGCGGCCUCCAAGCUUUCCAAGAAGACGGAACGUUGUGUGCGAAUGUUGAUGGUAGUAUGGCAACGGUCUCAGGUGUUUCCACAGAGCCUUCAUGACGUCCUCGAUGACUGGCUCCAAAAUCGGAUCGAAAUACUCAGCAGUGAGAUUGUCAACGCAGAGUUCCAGCGUUCUCAGACCUUGGCUGAUCAAUUCUUGCGAGCCAUUCAAAGCAUACACCAACGGUUUCAUCAGGUAGCUCAGAUGAGGAACAAGAACACUCAGUCUGACCGGAACUGUCAAACAGAGCUCCACACUAUCGGCUCUUUGGCAGACGUUGUGUACUCGAGCGACUUGAGAAUCAACUUGUUCAGGUGUGGCAGAAUCACAGCCUCGUUAGCGGCCUGGAACAAGUUCACAGACAUAAAACACAACUUGAACAGUCGGAUGAGGAUAUUCGACUUGAUGAUGUCCAUGUCGCCGAGCUCGUUCAAUUUCGACAUCACAAAUAUGAUCAGAAUUCCGGAGAAAUUCGACGUGGUUGUUUCGCUGGCAAGGAAAAACUGCGGAAUGUGCAACAGAGCUGCGUUUUUCAACAUCGACUCAAACAUCAUCUCCAGCUGCGAUUGGGUCACCUCGUUGAAUGCGGAAGGUUCUAGGUAG